AUGACCGCCUCAAUACCCCGAUCUUCCCCCCCGCCCUACUCCCCACCCCAACCCCCGUCCCCACCGCCCGUCCCCCCCAGCGCAUCCCUCACCAUCCGGCUCGCCCUGCGCAUGCACGACUGCCGCCGCGGCGGCGCCGGCACCGGCGACGACGGCCACGAAUAUCUCAACAGAGAACUCGGCACGGAUUUCUACCUGGACAGCUUCUUCGCCGACAAGCGCCGUUUCCCCCCGGAGCAGCCGCGGGACGGCGCGGGCAGGCAUCUGCUCGAGCAAUUCCAGGCCCUGAUGUGUAAACACCCGCGGUGGCGGAGGGAGGAGUGCGACGCUUGGCUGCGGGAUUAUUGGUGGGUGAAGGGGCUGUUGGAUCGGGAGGCGAAGAGGAUCGCGGAGGAGGCGGUCGCGGUUGCGGAUGAAGAGGGGAGGGAAACUGGCGGGGGCGAGGCUCCCGAUGGUGGGGACCCGCCUUCUGGACCGUUGGGACGGACACGUCCGGUGGACCGUCCGUCCUGGAAGGUCUAG